CGUCAAAACCCCCCCAAAUAAACCCAAAAGAAAACGAAGGGAGCAUCAAAGCUCAAGUCUUUUUGCCCUUUUCUUCGAUCAAAAUCGAUGGAAGCAACAAAAUUAAACGAAUUGAAGCUGUUCAUAGAGCAGUGCCGCAACAGUCCCGCUCUCCUCUCCGAUCCUUCCCUCGCUUUCUUCAGAGAUUAUCUCGAGAGUUUGGGGGCUAAAUUGCCCCCCUCUGCUUAUGGCAAGGCUCAAUCACCGAGAAGUCGCGAAGGGAAGAGCGAAAUGAUUGAUGAAAGUGAUGAAGAUGUGGAUGAAGAUGAUUUUGAAGGAAAGGCUGCUCCGCCUGAAGAGGAACCGGAUGAUGAAAUUAUUGAGUCUGACAUUGAGCUUGAAGGGGAAACAGUUGAACCAGACAAUGAGCCUCCCCAAAAGAUGGGAGAUCCAACUGUCGAGGUUACAGAAGAGAACCGUGAUGCUGCUCAAGUGGCGAAGGGAAAGGCCAUCGAAGCAAUUUCAGAAGGAAACUUUGAUGGAGCAAUUGAACAUCUGACUGAGGCUAUUUUACUGAAUCCAACAUCAGCAAUUAUGUAUGGCACUAGAGCUACUGUAUAUAUCAAGAUGAAGAAACCAAAUGCUGCUAUUCGUGAUGCAACUGCAGCAUUGGAGAUCAACCCCGACUCUGCCAAAGGCUACAAGGCUCGUGGUAUAGCUUUAUCCAUGCUUGGUCAAUGGGAGGAAGCUGCCAAGGAUCUGCACAUGGCGUCCAAGUUGGAUUACGACGAAGAGAUUGGAUCUGUGCUCAAAAAGGUUGAACCCAAUGCACACAAGAUUGAAGAGCAUCGUAGAAAGUAUGACCGCUUGCGGAAGGAAAGAGAAGAAGCAAAAGCUGAGCGUGAGAGGCAGCGUCGCAAAGCAGAGGCACAGGCUGCAUAUGAGAAGGCUAAAAAGAAAGAACAAUCGUCUGCAAGAAAACCAGGAGGUAUGCCUGGUGGAUUUCCUGGAGGAGGCAUGCCUGGUGGAUUCCCUGGUGGAGGCAUGCCCGGCGGAUUCCCUGGAGGAGGCAUGCCCGGCGGAUUCCCUGGAGGAGGAAUGCCUGGCGGAUUCCCAGGUGCCAUGCCUGGGGGCAUGCCUGGGAAUAUUGAUAUGAGCAAGAUUCUAAAUGACCCGGAACUAAUGGCAGCAUUUAGUGAUCCAGAAAUAAUGGCAGCUCUCCAGGAUGUCAUGAAAAACCCUGCAAACAUUGCAAAGCACCAAGCGAACCCCAAGGUGGCUCCUGUGAUUGCCAAGAUGAUGGGGAAAUUCGCUGGAGGCAAGUGAUUGAUGUUUUCUCCCUCAGAGAUACCGAAAUUUCUUGUGAAACUCGAGGGGUGAACUGAUGAAUAGAUGUGGUGUGUUUUCUUGUUUGGAAGUUGGAUAAUGGUGUUAAACGUUUCAUAUGGAACUCAUGUUACUUGUUAGUUAAGUAUCAAAAAACUUCACUCAACUUAUUUCUGAUGCCUGCUUUGAGAUGGGAGCAUCAAUUCCUGUUUGAAGUUAAAAUAUCAUCAUUUGAGAGGUCUA